AUGCAGUACUAUGCCAUUAUUAUAAGCAGUGCUCAAAAGAAAAUGACUGAUGCUGAAGAAAUAAUGAAAAGAAUUGUGGACCACAAAGGUGUGACUCAGUUAAUGGUAAUAAAUCAAAAUGGCCAUCCUCCAAAUAUGACAUUUGAAAUAAAUGAAGCUUCAGAGUCACAAGUUAAACAUAUUCACGAGUUUGCCAUUGCAGCCAGACGCGUUGUCGGAGACAUGGACCCAACAGAUAAUCUUGUUUUCCUCAGAACAAGCUCAGACAACUUUGAGAUUUUGAUUUCACCAGAUGAAGAGUUCACGGUAGUUGUGGUACAAGAAAAGAUGGAGAAAACAACAAAAAUAAAUGAAAACAUCUUCCAGCAAUGCUAA